AUGGCAAGUUAUGAAAUCGGCAGUCAGACAAUCUCGUCUCUAACUGCUACGCCCAACGACAUCUUGCGAUUGACUGCUACGAACAACAACGGACAGCACCAACUGCUUGGUAGUGGAGGAGGAGGCAUAAUGGAUGGCUUCGACCAUGAUUUGAAUUUCGAGGGGGAUGGAAGCAUGUUUAGAGACGAUGUGCACACCGGCGGCAUGAACUCCCUUCCCCCCUUCACGCCCUCCUACGAACUUGGCGACGCUUUCUCCACGACUUUUGAAGACCCCUUCUCGUACCCCGCUGGAACGGACUUCUCUUCCCUCCUCGAAGACACAAGCGCAAACGCCAACAAUGAACCCUCCAGCAACUCUGCAGACCUCGAUAACAAGCUCCUCAGCUUCGGGGCUCCAAUUCUCAAAGCACCUAUAUUUGACGAUGCAGGCCAGACGUGGCCAGCCAUGUCGGCAGAGCUGUAUGGCAUGUUCUUCGUCGCAGAAGAUGUAUUUGGGGAUAACCCAACCGGUGCGGGCAGACCUAUGGAAUUGACCUGCUACCGACGGAACUUGUUCCAGAUUUCAGGAACUGUGGUGCUGAGUCGGGGGAUUAAGGGCAUGAUAAACGAGCAAGGACAGCAAGUGCCUCUGUACGACUUGAUGGCCAGCAUCACCGCAAUAGAGAGCAUUGAGGGCAAGAGUACUGAAAUCAUAUCUGUACCUUGGAAAACGGCUGCGGGAAGUACAUCUGAAGAGAGAGCUGGAGCCGCGCCUCCCAAAUGGCCGCUGGAUUUGAGCAUGAACCCGGAACUGGACCCUACACUGGUUUCUAUACCUAUAGCCUGGAAGCGGUUGCAAUUUAAACACGCUACUGCAAAUAAUGGACGGCGGAAAGGCUUGCAGCAGCAUUAUGUGAUCCAGAUCAACCUUAUGGCUACAAUGCCCACAGGGGAGAGUGUAAAACUGGCAGAGAUCCAAAGCGGACCGAUUAUCGUGCGGGGAAGGAGUCCUAGGAAUUUCGACAGUAGGAAGGACGUAUCGCUGAGUGAGCGGAAGCUGGACUCGAAGCCGAGAACGGCGAGCGAUGCAGCGGCGCCGCAGGUGAAGGUUGACCCGUCAGCGUCGUAUAGUUCCUAUAAGCACUAUGCUCUGAAUGCUUUAUCGACCCCUCUUGAUAUUCCAGAAUGGAACCAGAACAACCCCAUCCCAACCCCGUCCCCAUCAACGGCCACCGCCGACCUCCCCCGACAAACCAAGAAACCAACUCUUUCCCAUCAAACCUCUUCUAGCACCUCUACACGACCUCCAAUCCCAAAGGCCCGCUGGAAACCAGAAAGUUCUUCAUCGUCUGGCAAGCUAAACUCUGCAUCCGCACCUAUAGAUCUUUCGCUAGCGGACGACGAGUAUGGCCGUGCAGGAUCUAGAGGUAGUUUCGGAGCCGAACCAGGAAGCCCAUUGCUAGAAAGAGAUAGGAUGAGGAGGAGCGUUGGUCUGGGUAUGGGAAGUCCGAUUGAGAAUGCGGAUCUGCUCUAUGAGUAUUUCCCGUUGAGUGUGGACGAUUGGAUGCCGCCUGUGGACGCGAUCUAUAGACCGCAUGUUGUGCAUCACACUAUCGUCCCGCCGGACCUGAAAGCUGAACAAGUCAAGAACAAGACGAAGAGAUAUUUCUCUGCGGAUGAUUGA